GAUCACCCCAGUUUACCCCGUAAAGUGUAGAUAAAGUUCAGUGGUUAAGGGGGUGGCUGGAGAAUGGAAAGUAGGCGAGGCCAAAAGGUUGUUUUCAACUCGCAUGUGUGACAUGCACAACGAGCGAACAGCGUUAGCACAUACAUCCCAACUUUUAUAAAUGACAGGAUAAAAAAAAACAUUUAGUAGUUUUGCCUGUGGAUAGGGUCUCCACAUGGCCGGACCUUGUUGCAAGAGUACGGUGUACUUUUUAGUGUUGAAACGCAGUCUCUCCGUCCCUCCCCGAAGCUCCGUAACUACUGUGCGACCUACGCUGUCCAUCGGAAGGCUGAGCGAGCGGGGUGUCCAGGAAGGGUGUUGGGCCGCUCGUCCGAAUGCACUCAGAACGGCUGGUUCUUACCGACACCCCGUUUUUCUGUGUUUCUCCUGUCAGGAAUCCAUGAGCGAGAGUCUGCGAACAUGUUAUGUUUAUUUGAAUCAGACAAGCCGGAGUUUCGCAGCUGUAAUUCAGGCACUGGACGGACAGUUACGUCAUGCAGUGUGUAUUUUCUACCUGGUCCUGCGGGCUCUAGACACAGUGGAGGAUGACAUGAGCAUACCAUUGCAGAAGAAGGUGCCCUUGCUGCACAACUUCCACAACUUCUUGUAUGAUCCAGAGUGGAACUUCACAGAGAGUCAGGAGAAGGACCGGCAAGUGCUGGAGGACUUCCCCACGAUUUCCACUGAGUUCCGGAAUCUGGGCCAGGAAUAUCAGGAGGUGAUAUCCGAUAUCUGCCACCGCAUGGGAGUGGGAAUGGCGGAGUUCCUAGAAAAGAAAGUAGGGUCAAUGAAGGAGUGGGACAAGUACUGCCACUAUGUGGCUGGGCUGGUGGGCAUUGGACUGUCCCGGCUGUUUUCGGCCUCCCAGCUGGAGGACCCUGAGGUCGGGCAGGACCACGAGUUGGCCAACUCCAUGGGCCUCUUUCUGCAAAAGACCAAUAUUAUCCGAGACUACCUGGAAGACCAACGGGAUGGACGGGCCUUCUGGCCAAAGGAGGCUUGGAACCAGUUUGCUAACCACCUGGAAGAUUUUGCGAAGCCACAGCACCUAGACUCCGCCCUCGCCUGCCUGAACCUGCUUGUGACCGAUGCCCUCCAUCAUGUUCCAGACGUCAUCAGCUACCUGACGCACCUCCGCAACCAGAGCGUCUUCAAUUUCUGUGCCAUCCCUCAGGUAAUGGCGAUAGCCACACUGUCUGCAUGCUACAACAACCCGCAGGUUUUCCAAGGAGUGGUGAAGAUCCGGAAGGGCCAAGCUGUAACACUCAUGAUGCAGGCGACCAACAUUGGUGCUGUACGGACCAUCAUCUCUCAGUACAGCCAGGAGAUUCUACAGAAGGUGUCCCUCACAGACCCAUCUCGGGACAAGACGCUGCUGAUCCUGCAUCUCAUCCGUGAAAAGACUCAGUCUCAGGACAUGCUCCUGUCCCGUGCGCACCACCUGUCACCUAUCUACCUGUCCGCUGCCAUGCUGCUAGCUGCCCUGAGCUGGCAGUAUCUGAGCGCCACAACUGGGCAAGCUGCCGGUACUGCGGACAUGCAGGGCCACUAGAGGGUGCCAGGAAACCCACAGACUAAAGGUGCUCAUAAACCAAAUACGGCAACCGCACAGGGUGACGCAUCGUACCCCGAAAUUCAAUUUAAUGGGUGGUAAUGUGGGUGGGUUCCGUCUGAUAGAUGGCUCCAUGAGAUCAAUACGAAGAGGGACAUCUACCACAGAACACUGUCGGCAUCUGAUUGGAUAGCAGUACUUUCAUUUGGUUUGGUAAAAAGGAAAAAUAUGGCGGACUGUUAACUUUAUAACUUUUACUUGUUCCUCCUAAACAGUCCACUAAAUAUGUUUCUGAAAACAUUUGAGUUGAGAAAUAAGCAAUACAGUUGAAGAAUCUUGAUAUUUUAUUUCAAACACCGAGGUUGAAAGUUUGAUCCUAGUUUUGUGAGCCCGGUGAGCUGUGCUGGACACGAUUGAUUUGCAUGGGCAGACACUAUAUGCAAAAGUCACUAUAUCACUAUACAGGUCAAACAUACACAGCACUCGCCGGACUAUGAACAUCACGUACCGCAAGGCUCUCCAUAGACAAUGAAUGGAAUGUGUUGCGUGCUGAAUUUGGUUUGUGAGCACCUUAAGAGGGUCCUCAGGAAACUGCCGCCUGUGAAGCUCUCUGCUUCAUCAGUCUGAAAGCUGUUUUGUGAUUUCAUUGCACAGUGGGAAUGGAAACAGAAGUGGGCAUUGGUUGCAUUCAAAGGUAGUGAGCAUUGUGCACACAUUUUUUCACAGCCUGCAACAGAGUGUAGUAUUGACAAGUUUUGUAUGAUUGGUUGACUGAGAACAUGUGUUCAUUUGUAAUUACCUAAUUUCCUUCACUGAAUAAUUGGUAAAUUAUUCAAUGUCA